GCGCAGUGCAUUGUGGGUCUCAGUUUUGUAGGCACGUUUUCAAUCCAGCAUGGCAAGCAAGCAGAAAAGGAAAUUGGGAGACUUGUCCGUAGACGAGUUUCUGUUGUCAGGCUUUGACGCUCCUGACGACGACUCCGACUCGGAUGAAGGAGAAGAGGUUGUCCAGCAGAAUGGCAAGAGGAAAAACACCGCCCCAACAGAAGAGGGUCCUAAGAAGAAAGGCAAGGCGACUGAGCACAAAGACCAGCUGUCACGGCUUCAGGCCAAAGAUCCAGAGUUCUACCAGUUCCUGAAGGACAAUGACAAGGAUUUACUGAACUUCGACGACACCGACAGCUCAGAAGAUGAGGAAGAGGAGAAGUAUCACACCCUACCCUCGGAACUGGAGGAGACCAAAUCUGAUGGAGAGCAGGAGGAGGAGGAGGGUUCCAGCGCUAAGAAGAAGAAGAAUAUCUCCAUUCCAGUCACAGAGAAGAUGAUCGCUGAAUGGAAGGCAGCACUAAGGGCUGAGCCCACACAGCGCCUCUUUAGGGAGGUCACUCAGGCUUUCAAAGGGGCUGUGGCGACCACCAAAGGAGACAGUGCAGAAGAGUGUCGAUACGCUGUCUCCGACAGUGCAGUGUUCAACGCACUAGUGUUGUUCUGCAUCAGAGAUAUUCCAGGUGCCUUGCAGAAGAUCCUUGACCUCAAGUCACUUGAGAAAGAAGACCAGAAGAAACUGAUAUUGCCCUCGUCCAGUAAAAAGUGGCAGAAGAACAUGCUAGACAUCAAAAUGUACCUCAGUGGUCUCAUACAGCUUCUGUCCAGCCUGACUCAGUCCACAGUCAUUGCUGCAGUUCUGCGGCACAUCCACCAGAUGGUGCCCUACUUCCUUUGUCUCCUCAAACAGUGUCGCAUCCUGCUCAAGCGGCUGGUGAAGCUGUGGAGCACAGGAGAGGAGACGGUGCGAGUGCUGGCGUUCCUGUCCAUCAGUAAAGUGUGUCGCCAUAAGCAGGAGGCAUAUCUCCCUGGUAUUCUGAAGCAAAUGUACAUCGCCUACGUGCAGAACUGCAAGUUCACGUCCCCCACCAGCCUGCCGCUGAUCGGCUUCAUGCAGCGCACGCUGACGGAGAUGUACGCCCUGGACACGCAGCUCUCCUACCAGCACGGCUUCAUCUACAUCAGGCAGCUGGCCAUUCACCUGCGCAACGCCAUGACCAUGAAGAAGAAGGAGACGUACCAGUCUGUGUAUAACUGGCAGUAUGUGCACUGCCUGGGGCUGUGGUGCCGAGCGCUGAGCACCCUCCACCCCAGCGAGGUCCUGGAGCCCCUCAUCUACCCCCUCUGCCAGGUCAUCCUGGGAUGCAUCAAGCUGGUGCCCAUCGCGCGUUACUACCCGCUGCGACUGCACUGCGUGCGCCACCUCACCCUGCUGUCUGCCAGCACGGGGACCUUUGUGCCCGUCCUGCCCUUCCUGCUGGAGAUCCUGCAGCAGGAGGACUUCAAUAAGAAGCCGGGCCGCAUGAGUAACAAGCCCAUCAACUUUGACGUGGUGCUGAAGCUGAGCAACGCCAACAUGCAGGAGAAGGCCUUCAAGGACGGCCUUGUUGAGCAGAUCUACGAUCUCAUGUUGGAGUACUUCAACACCCAGGCCUGUACCAUUGGCUUCCCUGAGCUGGCUCUACCCACCGUCAUCCAGCUGAAGACCUUCCUGAAGGAAUGCAAAGUGGCCAAUUUAUGCAAGCAGAUCCGCCAGCUCCUGGAGAAGAUACAGGAGAACAGCAAUCACAUGACCAGCCGGAGACAGCGUGCCACGUUCGGAGUGGCCGACUCAGCCGCUGUGGCUGCCUGGGAGAAGCGUGCGCGGGAGGAAGGCACCCCCCUCACCAGAUACUACGGCCAGUGGAAGAAGCUCCGAGAGAAGGAGAUACAGUUGGAGAUCUCCGGAAAGGAGAGGAUGAUGGACCUGAACCUGCCUGAGAUCAACCGUAAGCUGGUGGCGGAGAAGAAGAAGGACAAGAAGGAGUUCAAGGGCCUGUUCGAGACGGACAGCGAAGAUGACGAGGAGGGCCCCGUCUUCAAAAUCAAAGAGAAAUCUGGGAAAGGAGGCUCAGAAGAAGAUGAUGAUGAUGAUGAUGACCUGGAAGAUCUUUCAGACCUGAGUGGAGAUGAGGAUGAUGAUGGAGAGGAAGAUAUAGUCCAAGACUCGGAUGAGGAUGAUGACAAACCCUCAGGCUCCAAGGGGAAGGGGCCCAAGAAAGUGACCAACGUGAACCUGCAGGAGAUUGCAGAGGGAGACGAGGACAUCGUAGAAGACCUGGAGCUGUCGGACCAGGAGUGAGCAGCCCCAGAACUGGGGCCUAUACUAAGAAGCUGGUUCAGGAGUAAACUAGGUUAAAUUAAGAGGCAAAUAAUUUCUUAGGAAAAUGAGGACUCCAGGACUCCACUAUAAGAUGAUUUACCUCUUAACUUAACCUGGUUUACUCCUGAACCAGCUUCUUAGUGUAGGCCCCAGGGCGCUCCUCGGAGGAGGGAUGUCUGGCCCAGGGAGGGAGAGACUGGACUGGACUGGCUGUUAGGAGGCGGGGAUGGAUGGGGUUGUGUGAGCGGAGCGUGGAGCUCACUCAGUCUCUGGAGGUUCACAGGAGGUGUCCAGCUGUUAGUUUCUCAGUGGAAACACAGCUGACUUGAAGGGCCUCGUGCUGCAUCCAUAAGUAUGCAAGGAACUUAUGGGGUGUAACAAAACCAGUGUUUGUGACCUUUGUGACAGUGAUAUUUAAUAUGAGGGGGUCCCUCCACUGUUCAUCCUUUUGAAUAUAGCGAUAUUUUGUGUAUAAAAUAUUACUUUUGUUGCCUUUGUACAGAAGAUAUGGAAAUGAACCGUUUCACAUUUAGUAUGUUAUCAUGAGAUCUAAAUUUUUAUUUGUUGUUGUUUUUUUUCAUACAGUGUUGGAAAAAAAGGAAUCCACAAAGCUUCUGUUAAAGACUUUUUUGAAAUAAAUCACAUACUUAUCUCC